CUUCCUUGUUGCCUCCUUCAUCUUGGCGAGGUAGCUUCGAAGAUUGGUUGGUUAGUGGUUGAAAUCGCACUGCAUCGCCGCCGCGACGAUCUCACGGACAAGCCGCCGUCCAUCUCGACUCGUGGAGCGGAGCCGGUCUGCACGCGUGGCCUUGACAUUGAGUCGACGACGACGACGACGACGACGACUGAGGCCCGUGCUCAGCUUGCCCUUUCGUUCUCGCCAUCGCCAUCCUCUCAUCAUCCGAAAGGAUUCUUGCCCAGCAUGUCGAUCAUGGAAUACAAUGGCGGGUCGGUAAUCGCCAUGAAGGGCAAGAACUGCGUGGCCAUCGCCACGGAUACAAGACUCGGUUCACAAGCUCUCACAGUGGCAUGCAAUUUCGAUAAGGUGUUCCCUGUAACAGAGAAGACGUACAUUGGGCUUGCGGGAUUGGCGACGGAUGUCGAUACGCUCAAGGCCAAGUUUCGAUAUCGCAUGAAGAUCUACGAGAUGAAGGAAGAGCGAACAAUGGAGCCAGAGACGUUUGCUCACCUCGUCUCCUCGACCCUCUACGAGAGGAGAUUUGGUCCCUAUUUCGUCGAGCCCGUCAUCGCUGGCAUCAGCAGCAAGGACGAGCCCUUCAUUGCGGGAGCGGACUUGAUUGGCUGCCUCAACUUCGCAAAGGACGUAGUGGUGGCCGGUACGGCGAGUGACAAGCUCUUUGGUAUGGCAGAGGGGCUUUGGGAGCCAGACAUGAACGAGGAGCAGCUGUUCGAAUGCAUCUCACAGUCACUCUUGGGAGCACUGGAGAGGGAUGCACUUUCUGGGUGGGGAGCAGUUGUGAGGGUUAUCACGCCGACAAAGGUGAUCGAGAGGAGGCUCAAGGCGAGGAUGGAUUGAUGCGCCGCGAGCGCCAGAGAGGGAAAGGAGGGGUUUCAACGGGGCAGGGGAGCAAUGUCAUUCCAUUCAGUCAGCACAUUCAGAGCUGGUAGAAGUGGCCGAGUGUCAGUGAGCGAACCCAAGUUGUCGAUCAUCACACAAUCAUGCCUUAGACAAUGAUGAUGGCAAAGACGGAUCGCGUGG